AUGUCUCUUAUGGAAAUCACGCUGAGAAACAAUCUCCCUGGAGCGAAUGGACUCUCGGUGGCUAAUUAUUUCAGUGAUUUUGCAAUGUACUACGGACAAUCUUUUAUUACAAGUAAGUCUGCACUACGUGAUUCUGGCUUUGUCAUCGAAAACGAGAGACUGACCAAGCCAAGGGGAGUAGAGAAGUGUCUCUCGCUCUCGUGGAUCCUUGCAAACUCGAUCUACGAGCUGGAGCUGCAAGUCUUCGAGAAAGUUGUUUCCGACAGUAAGGUUGUGUCCGUGUCCGUAGUUCCACGCCUGGAGGCGAGCUUGAGAUCCAUAUCACUCGACUGGCUCGACAAGCAUGCUCCAAAUUCCGUGCUCUACAUCUCCUUCGGCAGCGUCAGGGUCUCGAGACCAGCCAGCAGCAGUUUCAAAUGGUUGCCUCGCGGAUCUAGCUUGAACGAUUCUUCCGCGAGUUCCGGGAUCGAUCGGGGUCUGGAGUCUGGUGAAUAUUUCCUCACAAAUAUAGUGGCGAGUAUUUCCGCCUGUCACGCGGACGACCCGGGUUCGAUCCCCGGCAACGGCGGAAAAAAGAACGUCUCAUUUCGUGAUGUUUGGGUUAUGCUCACUCGGAGCAAGUGCCUUGAUCUGGUCCAGUCUUGCAAAACGCUCCCCUGCGCGCGCCAAAUCCAUGCCACUGCGAUCCAUAUCUUUGGGAAGGAGCUAGAUUUGUUUCUCGGGAACAAGCUCAUCGAGAUGUAUGGGAAAUGUGGCAGUGCUGCGGAGGCACGCGCGAUUUUUGACGGGAUGAGCAACAGGGACUCGUUUUCCUGGGAGAUCAUGCUUGCGGCUUAUUCUCGGAACCGUCAGCUCGAUGCCGCCACCGAGAUCUUUGAGACAAUGCCUCACAAAACUCUGGUGGCGUGGAACAUCAUGCUUGGAAUCUAG